AUGUUGACGAAAGAUGACACCCCAAGGGAGUAUACGCCCCGGGCAUGGCUCGUCAUAUUCGGUGCUUUUACUUGUACAUUUUGUACUGUGGGAUUUAUGAACUCAUUCGGAAUUUUCCAAGAGUAUUACGCCCAAAAUCAACUCGCAUCGAGCUCCACAUCUACAAUCGCAUGGCUCGGAGCUAUAUCAAUCCUCUUUCUAUUUAGUAUAUCCGUUGUAUCAGGAGCAAUGCUAGACAUUUUUGGACCAAAGCUCAUGGUGUAUCUCGGAUCCUUAGGCACGGUCUUCGCACUCAUGAUGAUCUCGCUAUGCCAAGAAUUCUACCAAUUCCUCCUCGCCCAAGGUGUGUUAUUGGGUAUUUCCAUGGCUCUUGCGACAUGGCCUAUGCUUGCUUUGGUUGGGCAAUACAUCAAAAUCAAACGUGCAGCGGCAAUGGGAAUUGUUCUUGCAGGCUCAUCGAUGGGUGGCGUGAUCUGGCCGAUUAUCAUCGACAGAUUGCUCAAAAGUCCCAAGAUCGGAUUUCCCUGGACUAUGCGAAUCGUCGGCUUUAUCAUGAUUCCUCUCUUUAUCUUCACUUGUGUGGCUGCGCAGUCUCCAGAUGCAUCGUCAAAGAAUGUGGAAAGUGGAGAGAAAAGGCUCGAAAAGGAAGAGAGCAAAUUGGAAGAACAUGUUGGACAGCAUGAUCGAAAAGCACAAACCCUAGCUCUUGUUCGACAGCCUGCACUGCAACUGUUAUGCCUCGCCAUGUUCGUUAUAUAUUUCGGCAUGUUUGCGCCUUUUUUCUACACGACAUCAUACGCCGUUGAGAAGGGAUUUUCUACGACCCUCGCGUUCUAUACUGUUUCCAUUGUGAAUGGUGCUUCGUUCUUUGGUCGAAUUCUCCCUGGUAUCGUGGCGGAUAAAUACGGGAAGUUCAACUGCUGUAUCUUGGCGACCUUCUCCGCGGGUGUUAUUGCCUUGUGUUGGACUAAGGUGACAUCUGUGGCUGGUCUUAUACUGUGGUCGGCUGCAUAUGGAUUCGCGUCCGGGGGCAUUCUAUCACUGCAGCAAGCAUGUGCCGCACAGGUUGCAACUUCUGGCACACUCGGCUUGGCGAUUGGUAGCGUGUCGGGGUCCACAGCUCUGUCUGCUAUGGCAAAUGUUCCCAUCAGCGGUGCGCUCGUUGAGAAAUAUGGAUAUCUUUCGCUCUCAUUGUUCUCGGGUAUAUCAUUGUUGCUAGGUGGUGCGCUUCUGGUUGCGGCCCGUCUCGUACAAAAUAGAAAGCUUAUUGCCAUUGUUUAG